UUCGACUCCAGUCUGACUUGCUCUUGCAAGCUCACAUUUAGACUUCUCACCCCCAUAGCCAUUGCGUUGCUUCACCCGUUUCUGUACUCUUGUAUAAUUAUCGUUCUCUCGUCCUCAUCCAUGAACUUGUUCGGCUUGCAACGUGGAUUUUGAGCUCUCCGUGGCUCGUUUUAGUCCUAGAUCGCGCAGGCAAGCGUUGAUUUCAGGCAACGCUCCGGGUGCUCGUAGUUUUAAUGCUUUGGCUCGAGGGGUAUAUAUUAUUAAGAGGAGUUCAUGCGGAUCUCAUAAGUGUUUAGGGUGCUGGAUUUGGUGUUAUGAAGUAGAGUAGUUGUAGUUCGUCCAUCUCGAGGUGGUGGUCUUGGAGGAGGUGGCUCUCUCUCGUUGAGCACAGUGGUUGGUCCUUGCCGAUCGCGCUCACCGAAAACUGCAACUGCCUUACAUUUGAGGGAAUGAGGUAGUGCUGUUUUCAUCGACACCUGAAUCACCUUUUUGAUUCCUCGUGUUUCGCACAAGGAAUGGCACUUAAACUUGAUCACCUCGCGUGAUUGGUGGGGUUCACACACUGGAGCAGGUCUUAUGUACCCACAAGCAAAUUCUCAAUGUUGCCCUCAACUCCAUUUGAAGUUACGAAAGGGCAAAUGUCCUCUAUUGCUAAGCUUCGUGCUGCCGGAUCUUCUGUAGAAUUAUCAGCAGAGGAAGAUGCCCAGGCAAGAGCCGCUAUUAUAGCUGUGCAAAAGGAAAUGGAUGAUGCUGAUGAACCAAGUUUUCUCGAAGAAGAAGAUAUGUAUGUAUUUGAUCGAGAGCCCCUUACAGAUGAAUUGAAUCUGGUUUCAUGUAACAUGUGCAAGAAACCCAUCAAGGAUAGUCAGUUUGCUGCACACGCUGAGAGAUGUAGGUCCUUGAACACCCAAGACGAUUCCACACUUGAUAUAGAUGGUGGAGCUGGUCACAAGAAGCCGCCACGCAAGGCACGAAUGAAGUUGACAUCUCAAGAUAAUGACAUUGGAGCAGGAGAUAUGGAACGAUUUCCGUCCGCAGAAGAUGAUGACAUUCAAGAGAAUGCUGGUGUUUCUGGUGGCACUUAUGAAGAUCAACCUCCUGUGUACAGUAGCAAUCCUCGAGGCACAAAGAAAGUUAUGAACAUUUCAGAAGGAACUGUGGUUGCUGCUCCCAAAGUUGGAAGGCCACGAAAGUCAUUAGUUGUUGCUCCAGGAGAUGCUGGAGUUGCUUCAGUUGGAGCUACUCAUUCUGAGGUUGUCCAGCCUCUUCCAAAGCGUCCAAAAUUAUUGACUACAGAGGAGCUGGAUACACUUUGCGGAGUUUUAAUUCCUCAGACUGGCAUUAUGUGUCGGCGAUCCAUAACUUGUAAAUUGCACUCUGAAACAAGUAAGCGAGCAGUAUCAGGACGGCGACGUCCUUACGAUGUCCUACUACGAGAAUUCAAAGCCAACAAACUGGCUGCUGCAUCACAAAAUACGGUUGCAGUUGCAAAUCCUUUGCCAUUGGCUACAAAGGAAUACUGUCACAGGCCAGACCACUGUAUGCGUGCUGUUCUGGGGUCUUUAUUCUCCGAUGCAUGCAGUCGUCGUGCUGGUAACAGAGGGAACAGUCCAGAUAGACUUUCAGGAGAGUUGGGUGGCCAAGUUUUGCCUGCUCUUACUCUUCCAGCAGAUCAGUCUUCUGAUCUGCAGACAUGUCAACUCUCAGGGUUCAACCAGAAAAAGUCUGCAGAUCAGAGGGACAAGGAUGAUAAGAACGCUGCACCUGUUCAAGCGAUACAAAUGGGACGUGUGAAAGCCGAACCGGGGCUCAACCCAGCUGUGGAGUAUGCUCGUCUGAAUAUGACUAGUAUGGGUUUGUCUGGAGUGCCAAAUUAUCAACACCUAGACAACAGGUUGGGGAUGGCAGGGGUUCCCGUUGAUUAUCAACAUUUAGUUAUGACCAAAGGGAGGCCUGUUCAAGGCUUACCAGUUCUAGGUACCAAUGUGCAUGGUACGUCACACGCUUGGUGAUCUUCUCUUCUACCAGAUUGAGUUUUAGUUACUCCCAUCUACUUGUACCAGAAUCCUCAUUCCAGCGCCCUGCCUUCUAAAAAGGAGCUUGUCAUCCUUCACGUACCAAUCAUCCUUCACGUACCUGGUCUGCUGCGCUCUGCCCGGUUAACCAAAGACUGAAAUUGGCUGAAGUAGAUGCUUUUAAUCAACCUGUUAUAUACAACGUCGUACUAACCUCUUAUCGAGUUUAUCGGAUCGUGGAAAAAGUACUGUGUUGCAUAGCAGUUGGAGGCAUUUGUUUAUUUGGAAUAAUAUUCUCCUGAGAAGCUUUGUAGGGACGAUCCAUUCUUACGUUAAUGACAAUUUCUAGUUUAGCGAAUGCAAAAGCUAUGUUUCAGUUGUCACGCUCUGUUUGACUACUUAUCCGUAAGCUCCCUCAUAAUGAUUUCAAAAGCAUGUAGUGUCUCAAGAUUUCCUUGGAAAUCACGUGUGCAGGGAAAUCAGUCUCGGCUGCCCUAGGAAGGUGUCCCAACGAUACAACUUAUUAGUUAGCUGAAUACUCUGAACUACUUCGGAAUAUUGUAUUAUGUUUUUGCGGAAUGUUAACUUGAAAUACUUAAGUAGGAAAUAAAUCUUUGUCAACUUUACUGUGCUUUAA